GUGCUGUUCCUGAGCUGUGCCAGUGCCGAGAUCUGGAGCUUGACUGUGAUGGCGCCCAGCUUCAAGACAUCCCCGUGGUGGCUGUGAAUGUCACCAUGAUGUCCUUGCAAAGGAAUCGACUGCAGAAACUGAAUGCGGACAUAUUCUAUAAGUACCAGAGCCUGCAGAAACUAUACCUGCAGCACAACAGAAUCCAAGCUGUGAGUCCCAACGCGUUCAGAGGGCUUUACAAUUUAACAAGGCUGUAUCUGAGCUACAACAAGAUAUCCAUCCUGAUGCCGGGCGUGUUCCAGGACCUGCACAAGCUGGAGUGGUUGAUCCUUGAAAAUAACAAUAUCCAUCAGAUAUCCUCCAUGACCUUUUCUGGAUUGAACUCCCUAGUUUUACUGGUUUUGCUGAACAACUCUCUCACAAAGCUGGAUGACAUCUGUCGGGAAAUGCCGAGAUUGAACUGGCUGGAUAUGGAAGGGAACCUCAUUGAAACCAUUGAAAAUGUCUCAUUCUGCUCAUGCAGUAUGCUGACAGUUCUAGUUCUGCAGCGGAACAGAAUCAGCCACAUACAUGAGCAGGCUUUCUCACUCCUACAAAAGCUGGGAGAGCUAGAUCUGUCCAGCAACAGACUGGUGACAAUCCCUCCCAAUCUCUUUGUCUUACUGGGGGAUUUGCUCCAACUGAAUAUAUCAUACAAUCCCAUUAUGGAGCUCCAAGUUGACCACUUUGAUAAGCUGCAUAAACUGAAAUCACUCAUAGAGGGAAUAGAGAUUGGAAAUAUACAACGGAGGAUGUUUGAACCUCUCAAACACUUGACACAUAUCUACUUUAAGAAGUUCCAGUAUUGCGGUUACGCUCCUCAUGUGCGCAGCUGCAAGCCCAACACCGACGGCAUCUCGUCCUUUGAAGACUUGCUGGCCAACAUCGUGCUGAGGGUCUUCGUUUGGGUGGUGUCCGCCACCACCUGCUUCGGAAACAUCUUUGUCAUCUGUAUGCGAUCAUACAUCCGCUCAGAAAACAAGCUCCAUGCCAUGUGCAUCAUCUCCCUCUGCUGCGCAGAUGGGCUGAUGGGUGUCUACCUCUUCAUGAUUGGUGCCUAUGACCUCAAGUUCCGUGGCGAGUACAACCGGCACGCUCAGGCCUGGAUGGACAGUACCCAGUGUCAGGUCAUCGGCUCCCUGGCCAUGUUGUCCACCGAGGUCUCCGUCCUCCUUCUCACCUACCUCACCCUGGAGAAGUACAUCUGCAUCGUCUACCCCUUCCAGUACUUAACGCCCGGCUGGCGGCGGACUGUCAGCAUCCUGUUUGGCAUAUGGGUGUUUGGUUUUGUUGUUGCCUUCCUGCCGUUGGCCUGCAAGGGUCUGUUCCGCAACUUCUACGGAACCAAUGGUGUCUGCUUCCCCUUGCACUCUGAGCAGCCUGAGACGCCAUGGGCCCAUGUUUACUCCAUCGUUAUUUUCCUGGGUCUGAACUUGGUGGCAUUCCUCAUCAUUGUCCUGUCAUAUGCAAGCAUGUUCUAUAACAUUCAGCGAACAGGCACCCAGACCACUAAAUACAGCAACCACAUCAAGAAGGAGGUGACCAUCGCCAAGAGGUUCUUCUCUAUCGUUAUCACCGACUCCCUCUGCUGGAUCCCCAUCUUCAUCCUCAAGAUCCUAUCACUGCUGCAGGUGGAGAUUCCCGGUACUAUCAGCUCCUGGGUGGUCAUAUUUAUCCUUCCCAUCAACAGCGCCCUUAACCCCAUCCUCUACACAUUGACCACGCGGCCCUUUAAAGAGACCAUUCUGCAGGUUUGGGCCAACUACAGGCAGCGGAGGCCCCUGCACAGCAGUCACCCAGCCCAUCACCCAUCGCUCACCUGGCAGGAAAUGUGGCCCCUGCAGGAGAACAGCCAUGGCCUCACCUUGCCAGAGUACCCGGGACCCCUACUGGAAACUGGCACCUUGGACAAAUCCCAUCUCACAUCCUUGGAAAGUACCAACGGAGGAAUAUAAUGACAUUACCACUGAAGCACACCGACAACUAAAACAACGUAAAGUUGUGUUUCUAUGUGCGCACACACACACAAACAAAACAACAAACACACAGAUCAACUUUUCUUGAAACAGGUGAUGUGACUGAUGUGAAUGACAGCGCUACACUGAUCUUCAUCUAAGAGCCACUCCCACCAUUAAAAUGUGAU